GCACCUCUUCGUUCCUCAUUCGCUGACCACACAAAGCUGACUCAGGAUCGAUGUGGUCGAAGAGAGAUCGCUCAUUCUCCUAUUUGCCACGAUCCAGCCAACGCGACCCCGACCCAGACUUCGAUCCACGCGCAAACAUGGAGCCUACCGCCUACGGAACGAGCUCCUUGGCGGUGGAUGAGCACCUGAUCAACCAGAUGAACAGCAAACGCCAUGCUUUCGUGAAGUGGGGAGUAUUUGGACUGGCGACCUGCGGCAUCUGCAGUACGUUGGCCUUGAUGGGGACCAGUCCGGUGCAUCAAGACGCAAUCGCUGAGGUGAUGCGAGGGGCCACGAGCUCUUUCAAGGCCGCCGAUCCUGCUGUGGGUGCGGAGGUCACGUGUUUCCAGAGUUCGUACAAUGACAACGUCACUCGGAUGAUGGAACCGGUCACCGAAUUGAAGUGGAAGCGCGGCGGAAAGAAGAACGCAAAGUCGUACAUUGCUAUUGAUUUGGAGCGGAAAUACCAGGAGAUUAUGGGCUUCGGAGGUGCCUUCACCGAGGCGGCGGCACUGCAGUUCCAGAAGUUGCCACCAAACAAGCAGGAGGAGCUUCUGACGCUCUAUUUCGACAAGGAGAAGGGCAGUGCGUACACUUUUGGUCGCAUCCCGAUGGGCUCGUGUGACUUUUCAGUUGACUCGUACAGCUUUGAUGACGUGCUGAACGACACAAAAUUGCUGUACUUUGACAUGAGCGUUAAGCAUGACCAGCACGUGUUGAUCCCAUUCAUCAAACGCGCUUUGGAGCGUCAGCCAGAGAUGAAAUUGUUCCUGGCCCCAUGGAGUCCACCGGCCUGGAUGAAGCGAGGAAGUGAUGAGUACACCCCCAGUAUGCUUGGAUCGAUGGAUCCUGUGGGCCUGAAGGACGACAUGCGCGCAGCUUGGGCUUUGUACUUCUCUAAGUUUAUCACUGCAUACAAGAAGCAAGGUAUUCCGUUCUGGGGUCUAACGCCCCAGAAUGAACCUGAAUUUGCUGCGCCAUGGGAAGCUUGCAAGUACAACGCGUCGUACCAGGCCGAGUUCAUCGGAGACUUUCUCGGUCCCGUCCUCGACCGUGACCACCCUGAACUUACACUUAUGGUGUUCGACCACAACCGUGCUAGCGUUCGUCAAUGGGCCGAGGCGAUCUACAACCACCCCACUGCUGCACAGUACGUGGAUGGCAUGGCUUUCCACUGGUAUGACAUGGAGCGCUACAUGGAUGGAGUGGCGUAUCACGAACGCUUGAAUGACACCCAUUUCAUUGACCAGAACCGCUUCAUGUUGGCUACAGAGAGCUGCAACUGUCCUGGUGUUGCCUACGGUGACGCUGCUUGGUUCCGAGCACAACGUUACGGCCACGAUAUCAUGACGGACCUGAACAACCACGUCGUGGGUUGGGUGGACUGGAAUCUACUGCUUGACCACAAGGGAGGACCCAACCACCAGGGCAACAACUGCGACGCUCCUAUCAUUCUGACCGAGGACGGCACGGAUUUCAACAUCCAGCCCAUGUUCUACUUCAUCCAGCACUUCUCUAGGUACAUCCCCGUUGGCUCGCGUCGCGUCAAGACCCACGUUGCGGCCCGUUUCGAGAAGCCUGGUGACGCACAGCUCAUGUGGGCCUACCCUGCUGCUCUUACUUCGUGCGACGGCAGCGCUCGCCAGACAAUGCACGUGACCAAUGAUAGCAAGAUUGAAGUCACUGGAUCAGGCUUCUGCUUGGGCAUGGUUGAUGCCGCCUGGCAGGGUAAGGAGAUUCAAAUGGUGCAGUGCAAAUUCACACAACAGACGUGGACGUUUGAAGAAGACACUGGUCGUGUCCGUGUGGGUGAUUACUGCUUGUCGCUCAACCACGCGUCCACGGAAAACGGCGUGCGGCUCACUGCAUCACCUUGUGAAGCUGAAAUUGUGCCCCAUCAGAAGUGGACGUUCAACGAUGAGGACGGCACGUUGCGCUCUCACGCAUCCACAACCGAUCAGUGUGCGACGGGUGGAUACUCGUUCGUACAAGCCACUGCGUUCGUGACUCCCGAGGACCGCAAGGUGCUUGUGGUGCUGAACGAGAACACAGAAGCGGCCGACUUUGAGAUCCAAGUCGGUGAUAUGGCGCUUGAGACCAGCAUCCCCAAGGGUGCCAUCCGCACCUUCACGUGGAUGUAAACUCCAUUUGAAUGCGUUCAUCUAUAUUAUGCAUUUCCCACGAGGAAAUGGUUGUCACCUGAAUCAAUACGAGAACGAUCGCCCACCAAGGCAGUGCGGCAGUCUCGGAAGUAUACAGUAGAGAAGAAUUACCAAACUUUUAGUAACAAUCCCUCAAAUACAUUGAAUUAGAUGCGAUCAAAUUAUCUUUUUAAUGGGUUUUAAUACCACGG